AUGGUGUACUAUUUCAAGUCAUCAGCAGUCGACCCUCCUGCUUUCAUUUACGUGGGGAAAGACAAGGUUGAAAACGAAGAUCUCAUCAAGUUCGGCUGGGAUGAGGAUUUUCACGUCGACAACCUUUCGAGUGCCCACGUCUAUCUGAGACUACAACCCGGUGAAUCGUGGACAUCGAUUCCACAAGCAUUACUCGAAGACUGCGCGCAAUUGACCAAGGCAAAUUCGAUUGAAGGUAAUAAGAAAGACAAUAUUACAGUCAUCUACACGCCUUGGUCGAAUCUGCGAAAAGAUGCCUCUAUGGCUACAGGUCAAGUAUCGUUCCACGACCCCAAGAUGGUGAAGAAGGUCCACGUGCCGGUAAGGCAAAAUCCCAUCGUCAAUAGACUCAACAAGACUCGGGAAGAGCGAUUUCCAGACUUGAGGGCCGAGAGGGAGGUAGACCAAAGAGACAAGCGCAAGGUCGAGAGGAUGGCGCGAGACGCUCAGAAGGCCAAGGAUCGAGACGAGCAACAACGACGGGAAGAGCUCCGAUGGCAGAAGGACCAUGCGUACGAUGACAUGAUGAGGGAGGAGAACAUGGUGAGCAAUCAGGAGCGAGAUGCGGCCUUCUAUGAGGACGACUUUAUGUAG